AAUCUGUGUGAAUAUAUAUAUAUAUAUAUAUAUAUAUAUAUAUAUAUAUAUAUAUAUAUAUAUAUAUAUAUAUAUAUAUAAUUUUCUUACAAGCGUUCGCUUCUAUCGCUCCGUGGUGACGAUCGCAAGGUCCGCAUUCGCAGCAGAAGUGGAAUCAAGUCGGUCAUAUUUGCUUGAAAGAAUUUCGUUAUACCUUAGCAGACACCUGUCUUCGCUUCGUUUUCCUCGAAUAUUGUAACUUUUAAGUAUGGGGAGGGUGAAGCUGAAAAUCAAGAGAUUAGAGAACAUUGGUAAUCGACAAGUGACGUUUUCUAAACGAAGGAAUGGAAUCCUAAAAAAAGCCAAGGAGUUAUCUGUAUUAUGUGAUAUUGACAUCAUCCUUCUCAUGUUCUCUCCAACCGGAAAACCUACAUUAUUCACCGGACAACGAAGCAACAUUGAUGAGGUUAUUGCAAAGUUUGCUCGACUAACACCACAAGAAAGAGCAAAAAGGAAAUUGGAGAGCCUCGAAGCUUUGAAGAAGACGUUCAAGAAGCUGGACCAUGAUGUAAAUAUACAAGAUUUUGCAGGGGCAAGCAGUCAAUCAGCUGAGGAUUUAAGCAACCAUGCAAUGAUGUUGCGAUCUCAACUUUCUGAAUUACAUAAGCGACUAAGUUAUUGGAGUAAUCCAGACAAGAUUGAGAACAUUGAACAUCUUAAGCAAAUGGAAGACUCCUUAAGGGAAUCACUUGAUCGCAUUCGGAUACACAAGGAAAAUUUCGGACAACAAAAGCUUAUUCCACUAGAUUGCACAAACCAGUUCCAAAGUGGGUUGCAUUUACCUCUAAUGAUGACCAAUACCCAAGAAGAUCAAACUCUACAAUGGCUUCCGAAUAACGAAAAUCAAAAUUUGAUCUUGACAGAUAAACAAAAUUACAUUCCUCAAAGAGAUGGGGAAUGUUCUGGUGUGUCUCUUUCAAACUAUUCCGGUUUGUUUACCAGCAAAGGGAUAGAAAUGGAAAAAGUUGACCGGUCAAGGCAAGUAGUUGGUGGUUUGGCAGAACUAUGUAGUACAUCAAAUUUCCCUUUUAGCCCCUUUGGAAAUCUAAAUUUUCCACAAACAAAAGAAAUGAAGCCAGAUACAUCAACCAACUUACAAGGGUUUCUAGAUUAUUCUAUAAAUUGUAACUUUGAGAUGCCUAGAAAUGUCUACAAUGACAACUUGUGUAACCCAUGGAACCCUGAACCCGGUCCAUGUCCUCUUCCUUUGAUCUAUGGGAACUCAUACUCUCAGCAACCGGAUCAUCUAAUGUCAAACAACGAAAGCUGAAGGAGAAUUCUCGUGUCACGUUUUUUUUUUAGAUGUAGGUCGUGACAUUUUUUUUUAGAAAGUAAUACUUUGGUUGUAUAAUAUGAACUAAAAAGUAUUAAUAAGUAAUGAUGUGUUGUAUAUAUAAGGUUUGUUUUCUUUUGUACACCGACUAAGGCUGUAACGAUGUGUCAGGCGCACCACAGCUAACUGAUAAGCUAGCUUAUUUUUUGAGCUUUUUUAUGUUGUCAUGUUUGGUAAGCCAAAAAGUAGCUUAUAAGCUAGCUUUUUGAAAAGCUACGUAGACAAGUUUUUUAGGAGCUUUUCUAAAAAAUUUAAAAUACACCCCUUAAUUAAUUAUUUAAAUACAUACUCUCACAUGUCUUUUUACGUAAUUUUAUAUAUUUCAGCUUGCUUUUCAGCUAGUUUUCAUUUCAGCUAUCAGCCAACUUUUUCAGCUAACAAUUCGCAUUUCAGCUACUUCGUCGAACAUAGCCUAAAUAACCGUUAAGCCGAUUAAAUUAAAAACAAACAGCCACUUAUAUAGCUUUUGCUGAAACUUACCUUUGUGAAUUAUGAUAAUGACAACAAGUUCAAAUAAAUCAUAAAUCACCAUCUCAUAUUUUAUAUUCACAACACAUGGUUUACAAAUAAAGCAAAAGAAGAUAGAUACUGUUUAGUUUCCUGAAAGUGUUUGGACAAUAGUGUUAUGCCAUGGGUCCGAAAGGUGCUGCAAUAGGUUGUCAAAUGGCCCUUUUCCGGUGACAUUAUGCUGAACGAUGAACCCUAGAAACGCCAACAUCGCUAACCUCCCUGUAAAAAAAUAAUAAUAUUAGAAUCUGGAUUAGGGGUAAAAUGGUAAUUUUGUAACUUACCAUUGGCAAUCUCUUUCUCCUUGGCUUCAGCGGUUGGUGCAAAGUUGAGUGGGUUGAAUAUGCCACCCGGGUACCCGACUUCAUUAGGAGGUAAACUGUAGCUUUUGAAGAUCGGAUCUUGGUUUACACUUCCUGGGUUCUUGAUGUCUUGCCAUCUUCUGAUUU